GCGGGCGGGCAGAACAAGUGUGGUUGCACCGACACCGGUACAUAGGCGCGGGCCGGCGUGUCCUUGGGCUAGAGAGCGGGACGUCUGCUUUCGAGUCCGAACGUUUGUGGUGUUGACCAGCCCGGAGCGAAUUAAAAAUGGGUGAUGUUGAAAAAGGCAAGAAGAUUUUUGUUCAGAAAUGUGCCCAGUGCCACACUGUGGAAAAGGGGGGCAAGCACAAGACUGGCCCAAAUCUCCAUGGUCUCUUUGGGCGGAAGACGGGCCAGGCUGCGGGAUUCUCUUACACAGACGCCAACAAGAACAAAGGCAUCACCUGGGGAGAGGAUACCCUGAUGGAGUAUUUGGAGAAUCCCAAAAAGUACAUCCCUGGAACAAAAAUGAUCUUCGCUGGAAUCAAGAAGAAGGGAGAAAGGGCAGACCUGAUAGCUUAUCUUAAGAAGGCUACCAAUGAGUAGUUCCACUGCCUUAUUUAUUACAAAACAAAUGUCCCGUGGCUUUUAAUGAAUACCAUAAUUUAAUUCAUACACCAAAUUCAGAUCAUGAAUGGCUAACAAUGUUUUUGUUGGAUGGUCCUGAUUUAAGUAAAACUGACUUGUCAUAAAGUGGAUAUGAUCUUUUUUUAAAACAACAAUUCCAGUUGUAUCCAUGCUAUCACUGCUCUCCCUUUCUCAAGAUAAGAUUGGACUUAAUUAGUAAUGUUUUACUUUCCUAAAUAUGGCGGUGUCACCUCAAACCUAUUAAAUGGUUUUAUACUUAGAUUUAUAUAACUGGGCAUAUGAAUAUGUUUAAACACUGGGAAGAUUCUACCACUGUCUCAGAAACAAGAAGACUCACCUGUGUUUCAGUUUGUGUUCACUGGCCUCUUAUAGGCAAUGGCUGAACACCAGGAAGCAACUGUCUCUUCUUGACAAUGCUGUUUUAAUUAGAAUUCCCUACAUCAAGGAUGCUGCCUUUUACCACUGAAAGGCAUUUAUAUGGUUUAUGUAUGAUAUUAAAUAAAGAGUAUUUAACACUU